UUUCAUUGUCCAAUCAUUGCUACCGCGGAAAAUACAUUUUCUUUUAAACUAUUGCAACACCACAUAAUUUCAAAGAUUUCUAAAAACACAAUAAAAUGUCGAAAGACGACGAAUUUAGUCGUUCACUACGCAUUCCCAAACUCUGUCUUCUAUUAAGCGGCAUCAAAAUUGACCAACCUUUACAAACGGCUUUCUUUUCCUUCCUAAAGAACUAUUAUUUGUUCAUAUUCAACCUCAUCAUCACCGGUCUCUGCAUACCUUGCGAGAUAGGGUGGUGCCUCUCCAGCAAAAUGGGAUUUGUUGGAUUAACAUACAUGAUGCCUUGUAUCGUUUACGGAAUCCUAGGCUUUGUAAAGAUUGCCAAUAUCCUCCAUAAGGUCGACAUAAUUUCGAAACUUAUCAAAGAACUUCACGCUAUGUUUCCUGGCAAUGGUGAUUACAAAGAAAGCGAGGAUAUAGAUGAGGAAGCGGAGAGUGAUAUAGUGAUUGAUUCUUUGAAGUUAUCGCGGAAAGUGGUAUUUGUUCUGUUUUGGACGAACUUACUGCUGAUUCUGCUCUUUGACCUGAGGCCGUUGAUUGUCCUCGCGUUCAAAUACUUCGCUCAUGGCCAGCUUGAGUUGUCUCUGCCGAUGUUCAUGAAUUAUCCCUUUGAUCCGUACGACCUGAGGUUUUGGCCGAUAGCGUAUGGGCAUCAGUGUUAUUCGAGUGCAUGUUGCAUCUACAACCUCAUUGGUCCAGACACUUUGUUCUUCGUCUGCUGUACCCACUUGUACAUGCAGUUCCGUAUCCUCAAGAGAAGGUUGGAGAUCUUCAUCACAGGAUCCGAGAUUGGAGGGGAACAAGAAGUGGCCAAGAAGUUUUGCAUCUUGGCAAAACGGCAUCAGAAGUUGAUAGAGUUGGUGGGCAGAUUGGAGAGAGUCUACUCCACGUCCAUCUUCCUCAACUAUGGCUGCAGUUCUUUCCUCAUUUGCUUCACAGGAUUCAAUGUUACGACGCUGAAUGAUGCGUGGUCCGUUUUGAAUUACUUGGUGUUUUUCUCCUCCAAUGUGUCACAAAUAUUUCUUAUUUGCCUGUUCGGAGAUUUAAUAAUGAAUUCGAGUCGGGAGGUGGCCGAUGGUAUAUACAACUGCAAGUGGUACGCGACAACACCAAAAAUAAGAAGGAGUAUUCUGUUUUAUUUGGUGAGAUCUCAGAAACCGUGCAAACUGACAGCUAUUAACUUUGCUGACGUUAAUCUAAUAUCUUUUACUACGAUCCUCAGCAGGUCGUGGUCUUACUUCGCCCUCCUCAGAACUGUCAUGUCCACGAGGUCUCAGGAACAGCAGACGUUGGCAGCCAUCGCUUAGAACUAGGUGUAUAACAUGUGUUUAACUAAUGCUUUGCCUCGGAGUUUAAUUAAAUUUAGUUCAAUAUUAUGAAACACCGCUACUGAAAAUGUCGGUCUAAAAUGUAUGAAAAUACCUGUUCUAAGAGUGCUUACUUAUUUGUUUAGAGGAUAGUAAGAUUCCACUAA